AUGGAGAUAGACUUUCUUGAUAAGAUUGGUGGUGACGAUGCUGACUGCAAUUUACUUUCAGAUGGUACCUUUGAAAUUGUACUUGGUGCCUUUGCAACAGUGACCACUGGAGAUGUUAUUUCGUUUUAUCAGGAUCCAUCUAAAGGUGACUCUUCUCCAACUGUGGACGUUCCUGUUGCUUCAGGUUCAUUUAUUCCAGCACAACCUACAGCCAUUCUCUUUGUUGAAAAGAAUGUUGUGUCGUCAUGUGAUCGAGUAGUAUUGGAUGCUUCAGCCUCGGCCACAUUGGACGGUAGAAAAUUGCAAUAUUCUUGGUCUGCGUCAACAGCUCCCUCGAGCGAUAUGCUUUAUUUCCUCAAUGAACGUUUCUCUCAAUGGAAAUACUCGAUUAUGACCUUUGAUGCUUCACUUCUUGAAACAGGCACCUAUACAGUAGAAGUAACAGUUCAAAGUUCAUUCAAUACAUUCUCCAAACAAUCUAUUUCGUUUGAUGUCAUUGGAAAUGCUGUGCCAACAAUUUCUCUGAAAGAAGGAUUGAGUCCAACAGUCAAUAUUGGUUCUCUCGCGUUAAUCAACGCUCACAUUCGAUUCCCACUGUGCUACAAUGGCAAUCCAAGAUUAACCAGAUGGAAUUACACCAUGGAUGAGACCAAAUCUUCAGCUGCCAAUGUUGACAUUAAAUUCAGAGAUGGAAUUUUAGUAUUUGGACCAAGUUAUACCGUACUUCCCAUUGAGGGAGAUUAUUAUUUUUCUGUGACAGCUCAAGCAGAUAGAGCUCAACCUGUUUCAUUACAAUUUAAGGUAACAGCUGUUGCAAAACCAUUGCUUGUGAAAUUUGACAUCUUUGACGUCACUCAAUCCACUGACGAAGUGUUAUCGUUCAAUGUUUUGACACUAGAUCCAAGUGCCACCAGUGAUACCUCCACACUCAACAUUUCAUGCUUUGAUUUAGUCAACGCAGUAGAUUGUGCGAACCUUCCCUCACCUAUACAGACGCCAUUCUCGAGCAAGCUUUUGGAAGGCAAGUACAAAUUCACAGCUACCUACAGUAAAGGUGUAAGAAGUAAUAGCGCCUCCUUAACUGUUACUGUGGUGAAUAUGGCCAGAGACGCAAUGAUCCGAGUGUCCAUAGUGGCCAUGUCCGUUGGCAUGUCGAAUCAAGUGGCUGACAUGACUGCUGUUGAUCCUUCGAAAGAUUUGGUUCUUCUAUCCAG